AUGAAUCUAUAUCGUUCUGAAUCUGCUUGGCAGUGUGAUAAUAAUGCUAGCACAAGAAAUGUCAUCUCAAGUGAUCCUUUAGCUGUUAUAUAUAACGAAGGCGUAUGGCGCUUUAACAAAGUGUCUCCUUUAUACAAUUUACAAUAUAAUACAGUGAAACUCAAGCAGUAUGCUACCAAAAUCCGACAAGCUCUUGUGAGUGCAGUGCAGACCAGUUCCUCUAUGAAAUACGUUGUUCAAAUAGAAGAACAAGUUAAUCUCAAAUAUUCAGAAGAUGAAGCCAGCGGUUUAGUUAUAAAUGUAUUGUCUUCUACUCAAGACAAUAGCAAAAGCAAAGUAUCCUACUCUGCAUUUUUAUUAUCCUGGGGUGUCAGUAUUAGUCUUGACAAUGCCACACAUUUACCGUACAUGCUUGAAAGAGGAGAGCAGAGAAUAGGGACAGCAGUCAAGGCAACAUUAAAGACUAUAUUUGAUUGCAACAUCAAACAAUUUUGUUUUACACAGCAACAGCUUCUACAAUUUGGUUUCAACUUCGUAGAGAAUGACUCAUCUAGGAGCACAGACCCUUUCACUUUAAUAUAUCGGACACCACAAGUUGAUCACAAGGACAAAAUGAACUUGUCUUUUGAAGUAGGAGAUAUUCACAUUAUAUGGAAUGGAGUCAAAGAAGAAGUAGAAAAGAAAUCGGACUUAGUUACAUUAGCAUAUCAGAUGCUGCAGAACCAAAUAUUUUAUAUGAUCAUGCUGGACAUAACAGUGUUUGAUUUAUGUGAAGUUUCAUUGCCUAGAGCAGAAGUUAAGAGCAAUGGAACAGUCAAAAUGAAAACUCCAGAAAUUGUCAACUGUGUCUUUACAGUUCUCAAUGAAAUUUGUAAAAUAAAUACUGAUAAAGAUCUGAGCAGUUCGUCUGACACUUGA